CUGUUUUAAUUCUGAAUAUUAAAAAAGAGAAAAAGUGAAAAUAUGUUGACUGUUCAAUUGAUCAUGGAAUCCGGAGAGCAAUUGGUUAUGAAGCUCCCGAUCUCAGCUAGUAUAUACGAACUUAAGAGAGAGCUGCAGAGUCUUCUCAAUAUUCAGGAACCAUUGGAGAUUUCUACUUCUGAUGCAACGUUGGCCGAUUCAGUUCUUUUAUCAGAAGUUGCUGGUCUAGGCAGCAACGAACAAAUUAAGCCGAUUGUGUCUUGCUAUGAAGGCAACAAUUUUGUGUGCUUGAUACGAUUUACUCUUGAGGCCGAGGAUAUCGCGCUUCCACUAGUCGAUAAUUCGGUGUCAGACUCAAGUAUCGAAGUUGAAGUUAAAGUUGAAGCCAGAGUUACUUGGCCAAAGGUAGAGACUUGUUUGCUGCAAAUUUUCACGCUCCUCGAACGUCAGAACUCAGAUAUAAAGACGGAGAAGUGGGCUGUGGUGAGCCGGGAAUAUGUACCCCCUACAGUCACAAGUAUUUGCCCCAAUGAACGGGUUACGAUCUGGAUGGAUGCGGACAGUGCGGAUAUCAUCAAGAAGAGAUUCAACUGCCUUAAACUAUGUUUUUGGACGAUCGAAUUUGAGUUUAUCGAUUAGAUGACCCAUAUAUAUUUUUUAUUUUAUCGAAUUUACAUUUUGAAAUGUUAAAAAAAAAGUUACGAUUACGGCAGACUCGUUUGCCUACCGAUUAUUCUGACUUAUCGUAAUAGAAAAAUAAUGAAAUAUAAUAAUAA